GGAGCCUCCCGGUAGAACCUGCCCCCGGCUCGCGGAGAAGGCAAUGCGGAGCGGGCGCUGCUUGCAGCGCUAACUGAUGCACAGGCAGAUAGAGGGAGAGCCCGGCGCGCGGCCACGGGGCUGCAGCUCCCACAGUAGACCAGCAGCUCCAGGACGGCAGGGGGCAGUCUCACCUCCUCUGUGAUCCAGGACCAGCUGCUGCCGGCCUCCUCACUCCCACGCUGCCCUCUCGCCUCCAGCCAUGGCGGCCUUGCUCACUCUGUUCCUGGUGGCCCUGGUGGGCCUACCUCUGGCCCAGGCCCUGGACUGCCAUGUGUGUGCCUACAAUGGAGACAAUUGCUUCAACCCCAUGCGCUGCCCGGCCAUGGUCGCCUACUGCAUGACCACGCGCACUUACUACACCCCGACCAGGAUGAAAGUGAGCAAGUCAUGCGUGCCCAGCUGCUUUGAGACUGUGUAUGACGGCUACUCCAAGCAUGCGUCCACCACCUCCUGCUGCCAGUACGACCUCUGUAACGGUGCCAGCUUCACUGCCCUGGGGGGCCUGGCCUUGGCCCCCAUACUCCUAGCCACCCUCUGGGGCCUGCUCUAAGCCCUGGGACCCCAGGCAGACCCUCUCAAGGACAAAACUCUUGAGAGACACAGCUGUACCCUCUCACCCUGCAUACCCCACCCAACUCUCUACCUUCCAGGAGAACCCCCCCCCAGCUACCCCCAGGGUCCAGGACUGUUGGCAAAAGGACUCUGACCUCCUGCAACCACCCAGGGGACCUCAUCUGGCAGCCUUGACCUUUCACUUUCAAAAGGCUGGUGUGUGGGACUGGAUCUCUCAGUGUGGGAACUGGUGUGUGGAACUGGACCUCCCAGAGGUGUCUGGCAUUGGUGGGUGAGCAUGAGCCCUCCUCUGUCCAGGGCUAGAAGUAUCUGGCAAAGUAUUAUUUCUGGUGAGGGGCUCAGCCAGCCAAGGAAUGCUAAUUUGAUGGGAGCUGUGGCCAAACCCCACCCUCUGGGCAGACCUUAGGGUGCAGUCCUAGGAGGAAGGGCUCUUCCAGACCUAGGAAGGGCUGUCUCUGCUUCCUGCUGAGGCCAGCAGCCACCCAGGGCAGCUGUGGGAUGGAGGGCCAGAUGAGGAAAGCCUUUGCCUCAUUGCCUGUCCUAGGAACUCGGGCCAGGUCUGGUGUGGGAGCAGCCCUUGGCAGGGGACGGGGGACCCCUCUAGCCUCAGAGGCUCUUGGGGUCCAGCAGGGGUCUGUGCCCUCUGACUCACACACAUUGACCUUUCCACAUCGCCCCACCGGGCACUGGGCCUGAGGCUGGCAGGGUUGUGGGAGCAGUGGCCGAGCUAUAUUUGGUGGGGUCUGAACGCUGACCGCGGACCAGGGCCAGGGCUAUUCCGGGCAGGGAGGAGGGGGGCAGGGCAGUGGGCCCCUAGGGCAUGGUCCUUAAUCUCAGCGGGUUGGGCAGCCUGUGCAGGCUCAGAGAAGCCAGACCGUGGUGUCCUCUUGGGCCGCUCAGACCGAGACCCUGCCUAGCUCUUCAACCGCAGGCUGACUUCAACCACAGGGACUGCUGGUGCUCCACCAUGGCUCAUGCACCCCCUCCAGCUUGAGACUCUCACAGACACCACCCCAGGUCUGGGAGGCACAGGUCUGCCCUGCCUGCCAUGCUGGAUGUGGGUAGCCCAGGGAGUGCCUGUCCUACUUGGAGAGAGGCCAGAUGGGCUUGAGACAUCAUGAUGCCCACAGCACCUGAGGCUUCCUCACCUGGCCAGUGCCCCCCAGCACUGGUGUCCAUCAGCUGGCUGCCUUAGCUGGCCCAGCCUGGGGAAGCGGUGGGAGGGUGGCAAAUGCCCAUGUGCUGCGAUUGCUCCUAGCCCCACUCGUGGCCCAUGCCAGGGCAGCCCUGCUGGAACUGUGACUUGAGAGCUCCUCUCCAGGACAUACUUGGGGGAUGAGGGUUUCCAGGCCAGGGGACCCCUCUCGCAGGGACUCAGGGAACAUGUGGCAGAGCUCCUCACAGAGGCCUGGGCUGGGGACAGUUUUCCGGCCUCAGUUUCCUCCUCUGGAGGACAGGAUGCUGAGGAAGGAUGGGAGGGUGGAGUUCUUAGCUGAGGGCCCACCUACAAGGAGGACAGGGUGGAUCUCUGGCAGAGGGGACUUACUUGGGAAGGAGCCCAGGAGUGGGGGACAUUUGACUUUCCAGAGGUAGUGUAGGCUUUGUACAAGGCCAGGAGGUUGGAAGGCAUGCAUGGCAGUCCUAGACUCCCCCCUCCCCCACCUCUCCAGUGAGUGGGCCCGACCCUUUCCCUGGGGCCCAGUUGAGUGUGAGCCCCUUCCUGGGGGAGGCUGGGAGUAAGCCAGGUACCACCCCAGAGCUCCCACAAAAUACCCACCAGCAAGUGGUCAGCCUUGGGGCGGUGAUCAGACAAGACCACCUCAGCCGCAGCCUGCACAGGCCUCGGUGCUGGCUGAGAGGGAGGCUCCAGCCCCAGAUGGCUCCUGACUCAGCGGGAGGGGCCUGGGGCUUGGUCAUUACCCUGCUUGUGCAAGUCUGUGGUCCUGACAGGUGGUACCCUCAGCCAGAGCUGGGAGGAGCCCCAGGAUCAGGUCCUCCCUCUCUCCCUUCUGUUGUGGGGUAAUGGGGAGGAGGCCUAGUUCAUCUGUGGGCUCCAGGACAGUGAAAACAAGGACCUACAGGAGCUAGGAGUGCUGGGGUGUUGGCGGGGCAGCUUCUCACACCUGCCUCUUGCAUCCAUCUGUCCACCUCUCCAAACCCAACCUGGUCCAAGCCCUGUGCUGACAACACUGCCCCCAGCCCUGGAACAGGGCUGCCCGCCUCACCUCCACCCCCAGACAGGAUUCUGCCUGGCUGGCCUACCCUGGAUACCUAGCCCAGAGUACACAGAAGGUGCUCAACUUAUGCUGGGCCAGGCUGAUUAGG